AUGGUGUGCUUUCUUCUUACCACCAGAAACCUGGUGGAAAGAAACCCCGCCUCCCGCCCGCCAGGGGCCGCCCCCGCCUCCCGCCCGCCAGGGGCCGCCCCCGCCUCCCGCCCGCCAGGGGCCGCCCCCGCCUGCCUCCCGCCCGCCAGGGGCCCCUCCUCCGUCCACCAGGGGCCGCUGGUCGACCCACGAGAGUCCUCCGCCAGAGUCCGUGGCCCCACUCGCUCUUCAAUAUUGGUAUCUAGAAGCGUCCAUAUUGCCGGCCCUCCACCUGCCGCCGCCAUUAUUAAGGAAAAAUCUGACCACAUAAAUUACACGUGCCGAUAUUGA